AUUGAUAUUUAUAUUUUUGUAGAGCUUAACAUUCCAGUUUAUUUUGGCCACGGACGGAGUGCUUACAUACGCGAUAUACAUAUACGACACUUGCAACAUGAGUUGGGAUUUCCAGUUUGAUGUGACAAUGGGAUAUGCUGCUGGGGAAACUAACGUUAACACCAAUAUAAAUUCAUUGACGGAUACCAUUAUUACGGACAGUCUGCUACUUGGGAAUAACGGUGAAGGAACGUGGGUAUUUUUGGUGUCUUCCGACUCACCAUUAAAUUACAAGCUUGAAUGCCUUAAAUGGCAUUGGGAUAAUAAAGAUGUAGUUUUGACUAAUAGUUUCGAAAUGACACAAUGUCCAUGUACUGAAAGCAACGUGAGAAACGAUGUAAACUUUUACUACCAUCCGAUGACCAAGUGUUACCAACAAGCUAUGGAAUUCAGAUCGCAAGGCAAGGUGAGUAUUGCACUGCAAACAGCUAAGGUGUUUAAAAUAUGCAUUUUGUUGUCAUCCAGCUAAGAAAAACGCUUCAUU